AUGCAGGACCUGGCACGGCGGCGGCUGCCCCCACGCCUCGCCGCCGUGGCUGGCCAGCAGGCCAGGAGGCUCCAGAUCCGUUGCGAUGGCCUGAACACGGACGACGAGGAGCCGCCGCCGGAUCCGUCCAGCGAUGAGGACAUGGACUGCCCGUCGGAAUCGGGUUACGAGCCCCCCGUGGAGGCGGAGCGCGACAAUCACGACAGCGACGGCGACAGCGACGGCGACAGCGCGGCGUGUCACGUCACCCCGGACGAGAUCAAGGAGUUGCUGCUCGACGCGAAGCGCCACAACGACGACGACGACGACCGCGACGACGGCGCAGGCGACGACGGUGACGGCGACGACCGCGACGGCGCAGGCGACGACGGUGACAGCGACGACCGCGCAGGUCCUGCGCCAGGCGACAACGUCGUAGCGCGCGCGCGCGACUCCCGCAUCGCCUGGAGGCCGCUCACAGCCCCCGAGCGCGACCUUCUGCGCCAGCGGCGCGAUGGUCCUGCGGAGGCGGCGGGCUCGGAGCCGCGCGGCACCGGCCACGCGGCAGCGCAGGUUUCGGGCCCGCCUGGGCGCGCACGCAACGUCACCCCGGGCGAUCGCGAGGAGGGCGCGGUGGAGCGUGAGACGGUCGCUUCACUCACAGAGUCUGCGUGGGCGUGCCACGGCUUCAAACAAUACAAGGAGCCGUCGUUCGGCCAGCUGAAUAUAAUCAGGCAAUCGCCACGGGUCGAGGAUGCAGGGGAGGCGGAAUGCGAGAACGCCAAGUGCCGGUUCCGGGACGGCGCGGGCCGGCGCGCACCUGCCGUUCGCUUCUGCAGGGGGUUCGACGCGGGCCCCGGGCGCUGGGUGGUGCCGCCGUUGAGUGUGUGCAAGGGGUGCGCCCGGAUGUUCGACCGUCGGAUCGGGCAGUUCGGGCUUCCGGAGCACGGGUUCCGCGAGGUCAGCACCGGCGUCAUGCUGCGCGAGUUCUGCGACGCGUACAACGCAUGGGUUCGCGACGAGCGCGAGAGCUACCAGAAGGAGCACCCCGGUGCCGAUUUCUCAAGGAGGGUCGGCUACGCCUUCGUGCGCUACAAGCACCGGGUACGGCCCUGGCAGAACGGCAGGAAGGGCUUCGCGUUCGAGCUCGACCACGUGAUCGAGCUGGUCAGCGAGCUCGAGGGCGGUUACGUCUUCGGCCGGGGGGUCAUCGAGGACGACGAGGCGGAGCACCUGCUGAACUUCAAGAUCCCGGACUGGCAGCGGGAGAAAGAGAUCCUGCGUCUCAUUUGGCUGCUCAGGCGCGAGGCGGAGCAGGAGGGCGGCACCACCACCGCGCAGGACGCCGCGCCCAUGGUCUUCUGUCGCAACAGCUGCGACGCCGUCCCGGACGGCGGCGGCCGGUACGGCUUUGCGAUGACGCACUGGGAUCGCGUCGCUACCAGCUUCGCGCACACCGUCGGCGCCAUCAUGGUGGCGCACCUCAGCGCCGACUACAGCAAAGUUCUCUGCGUCGUCUCGGGCUUCAGUUGCCCUCCCGGCGUGCGGAGGAACGCUAAGGACGUGCAUUUCUACGAGCUGGACCUCCGCAGCUCCCUCGGUCGCCAGUGGGUGGUGGACCCGGCUCACCACGGGAAGGCGCGGGUUGUGGCGCGAGCCGGUGCGUUUAUCAAGCGGUGGAGCCUGCAACGCGCCAAGACCGCGCGCGACAUGCGCAAGCUGGUGGUGAAGAAGCUUCGGCGCACUCGCGCGCCCUCGGCGGAGCUGGUCGGGCUGGACCUGACCGUUUUGGCGAUCAGCCUGGGGGGGGGUCCGGCGGCGAGGUGUACAAGGCGCUGUCGGAGGGCGACGCAGACGUCUUCGACGUGCCAGGCUCGGCCCAGCGGAUCCUCGGGGGCAUCGCGGUCGGACGUUUCCGCACGGAUCCGGGCGAGCCAGUGCGGGACGGGGACAUCGUCAAGUGCGGGCCGGACGGACCGCGCGCGACGAGCUCCGUGCACGACGUGA